AUGUCUCAAAAACAACAACCUCUAUCUACAAAUAAAUACUCACAAGCGCUAAAAGGGAGAGAAAGGAUACCUAAUGAUCCUAAUAGUGGAGGUGGUCAAAGUCAAGGUGAUAAAAGUGGUGCUUGUCCUGUAACAAAAACCGAUUCACCGAAAGUGAAUACGCAUACUGGUAAAACAAUUAGAACACAAGAAUUGAAACAAAAGGUUGUUUUCAAAGCUGUUCUUGAUUCUCCGCCCGAUGUUUCAAUUAAAGAUCAAAAUGAAAUUUUGGAUACACUUUGCGAAACUUUAUCAGUGAUAGGAGAUUAUAACAGAUCUGUAAAGAGUCAAAAAAGGAAAUCUAAUAAAAAUAAAGCGGUCGAGGUUGAACAUGAUGAUGAUGAGGCAUCAAAAAUUAAAAGGCGACCACUUAUACCGCCACCACCACCAAUUCGUUCUAAUAUAUAUUUAGGUCUUAACGAAGUAACAAAAUAUCUCGAACGAAUGACAGAUCCACAAAUACGUUCAAGAUUUAACCAUAAUAAUCAUUUAUCUAAUGAUAAUUUAGUGUCUACUAACCCUGAUGAUCAACGUCGAUCCACUUUAAAUAGUAUUUCUCAAACACAAGAACAAUGCCAUCCUUCAUUAGAAAUGAUUUUUAUAUGUAGGGCAGAUCUUCCACCACAAUUUUAUUCUCAUUUUCCAACAAUGUGCUGUAUAGCUGGUGGAGUUUUACUUGUUCCAUUACCAUUAGGAGCUUCGAAAAGAAUUUCUGAUGCAGUGAACAUUAAAAGAGUAUCAUGCAUUGGUGUAAAGACAAAUUCAUUAGAAUUCAGGAGAAUUUAUAGAAUGGUCAGGGAGAAAGUUAAAUUAAUAGAUGUACCUUGGUUAAGUCCACUUAAACCAUCAGAAAAUUUACUAAAGAAACGAAAAAUUACUGAUGAGGAAUUGGAAAAAGAAACAUCAACUUCAUCAUUAUCUAGUAAUAUGAUUAAACAAAAAGUGGAUGUUGAAAUUGCUACUUCAUUACAUACAACAAAAUCACCAUCCAUUUUCAUUUUUAAACAACAACCAAAAGUUAAAAUCGAACCUAUUUCAACUCAACAAAUUGGUUUUAAUUAUGUUCCUACACAGAUUAAGCAACUUAUAACAACUGCACCAGCAAAUAAAGAACAAGUUAAAAACAAAAAACUAGAAAAGAAGUUAAAACAAAAACAAACAAAAAUGUUAAAUAAUCAACAUCAAAAAGAAAAGUUUAUAGAUAAUUAUCAGAAUAUUGAUAUAACAGCAAAUAAUCAUUCAAGAAAAAAAAGAUUUAAAACAACCAUUUAA